AGCUCUCGACCGCGCCCCAGGUAGUCGCAAACCUGUGCGGUCUGCACUGGCGAACAACACCUCAGAAUCACCCAUAUCUCCCGGAACGUACUCGGCUUCUGGGCCCUUCGCAGUGAAAAUAUCUCCAAACCCAUCAGGGAAUGUCGAUGUCGGCAGCUGCACGAGGUGCGGCGGAGUUCUUGUCAAGUACAACCGGAGCAGCGAAUCUUCUGCAGCCUGUGCGAUGAAAAAUCAGAUAUCGAUGAGACGAAGUUCAAACAUCAAGAAUAGAAUGAAUUAUGGCACUGACUCUGAAUUCAGCCAUCUUCAAAGAGCUUCCAAAUCCUUCACCAACAAUCUAUGAUACGAUGUCAAUCCAACAAGAGCUUCCUGGAACGUUUGCUCAAUUACCUAGAUAUUGGUCGUUCCCGACCAUACUUGGCAACCGUUUCCGCAAGAGCUUUCUUUGGGUCGCGGAAUUUAAUCAUGUUACGCAAAUCAACCUCUCUACUGAGGAAGAACUUGUGCGCAAACUUUCGUGCAGAAAGUAAUGAACGGUGUUGGUAAACGAGAGCAGUAAGUGCACGAGGAACGGACGCUAUUGCGUCUGAAUGCAAAAGUGCGCGUCGCGUUGGCGUGUUUGGCUGUAAUGAUAUAGCUCUGGUGAAGCACCCAUCUCUCGUGCAAUAUUUGCACAUGUCGUUGGACCGACAUAGGCGCUAACAGCAGCCUUCAUGACACGGGUAGGAAGGUGAGGAUAAGAAGAAUUAACGUAUUCCGUAGCAAAAAGUCCAAGCAAGGAGUUUCCAAGAGUUUCCAGGUUGCCGUUGACAGCAGGCUUGGUUUCUGAGGGUCGAAACUGUUCAUGUAAAGUGAGGAUAGACGGAUGUGUGCAUGCUUGUUGUAUGAUAUCCGGAGAAGGUAUUAUGGAUGCCAGGCCUAUCCGGUGCGCGAAAGCAGUCAACGCAGCUGGUGCGGGAGGUUGAAGAGAAGCCCAGGUCUCUGCAUGGAAGAAGUGAGGUUGUUUGGAGGGUGAUGUUUUGGGUGCCUUUGGUACUACGGCCUCUUUUGGAGGGAACUGUUUUAGAGUAGAGACAGAUACAGAGGCUAGCUUUGCUGCUGUCGACGCCAGUCGUUUUUGUACAUGUCCCAUUUGGCGUUGAGCUCGUCGUCCGCCAGCACGCGCUCGUCGUACACCGUCCGGUUCAAG